UUUAACACCCAGCAGCAGCAGCAGCAGCAACCCCGGUGGAGGGGAGGCUUUGCUCCUUCUUCGCCUAGUGGGCUCCCUCUCUCUCUGUUGCAGGCUGCAGCCCUCCUUCUCCGCCUGGUCCUCCCUGGAGCACGACCUGCUCUCUCUCUCUGCCCCAGACCCCCUCCCCAACAGAAGAGGCGAGGAAGGAGGGCUCCUUGGCGCCACAGCCUCCCUCAGAGAAGCCACACAAGGCUUCCCAGGUGGGGAAAGGAAGAAGGACCCACUGAAAGCAGCAGCAGGAGGAAGGGUGCCCCCCCCCCAGCAGCCCUUCUUCAAGCCAAGCCAAGCUGCUGCUGCUGCUCUGGCGAGCUGGCUUUCAUGGAGAGUACCUGAAGCCUGGGGCGCCUGGGGGCUCCUGUUUUCGGCUAGCACUCCGCUGCUCGGACAAAUGCAGACAAAUGCAUUGGGGAGCUCAAAGGCCAAGGAGUGGAAGCAGCUCUCCCCCAGCAGCAAGGAAAGCUGUCCUCCUUUUUCUUACAACAUGUAUAAUUGUGGGUGCUACACAAAUACACGAAAAAGGCACCGAUGUUCUUCAUCAUUUAGGCCUAAGAGGGCAUUAUCCAUCCACUGGGACUACAGUGCCCUUGUCACAUAUUUCAUUGCCUCAGGGGGUUCACCUAACUGCCUCAGGAGUUGUUUUAUGCACAACAGCAGACAUUGAGGUUCCCAUCCCUCAAGUGAUAGCAUCAAGUCUAGGCAUCCAGUUCACUGUACUGAUAAGCCUACGCUCUAAAAAAGUGAACAAUGCCUUUCUCUUCAGUAUUAGAAGUAAAAAUAGACUGCAGUUUGGUGUACAAUUGCUUCCAAGGAAGAUAACAGUACACACUGGUGGGAAACACUCUGUAAAUUUUGAUUACAGUGUUCAUGAUGAACAGUGGCACACAUUUGCUAUUGGUGUCACAGAAAAGACAGUAUCCCUGUAUACCCAAUGUGGGAAGAAGCACUGGAGUAAGGAGAUUCUUUCUAAAAUACCACAAUUUGAUUCACAUAGUUUGUUUACCUUAGGAAGGAUGAACUCCCAGUCAGUCAACUUUGAAGGAAUAAUAUGUCAGUUGGAUGUUAUCCCCUCUGCACAAGCCUUGGCAAGCUAUUGUAAAUAUGUGAGACAACAGUGUCGCCAAGCUGACACCUAUCGAUCUCAGCUAGCGUCUUCAGACACAUCACUUGGGAUGGUUCCAAGCAAACAGUUCAAUGAAGAAACCCAAUCAAAUUACAUGCCACUAAAUAUAUGGAAAGAUGACCUGUGCCUUCAUAACAGUUCCACCUCUCCAGAAUCCCUAGCGACAACUUCUCUCUCGGCCCCUUUUCACUUAGGGAAUGUUACUGCACUGGAAACUGUAUCUGUACCAGACAACCAACAAAUUGUGAAUAUUUCGAAAAAUCAUCAGCAAGAUUUCAGCAAAAUAAAAGAUGGCUUCCAGACGAUCACAAACUUGCCUCUAAACCUUACAGACAAUAUCACAGAAGAUACAAGGAGGAGAACUUACACCGAUAUUCUCUUUUCUAUAAGGCAAACUAAAACAAAGAAUAUGCUGGAAAAUACAUCAAAACAAUAUUCGUAUGAACCUACAGAGAUGCAGCAAAUUUUAAACACAACAUUAUACAGGGCUUCUGAUUCCACGCCUUCGAAUAAUCAGCCUGAUACAUGGGAUGAACAUACAAUUGAGAUUGAUGAAACCUACAAUGCAGAAAGCAGUUAUGAACUUGGUAUCGAUGGUUAUGAUUAUGACUAUGAAGAGCUGGAGCAAAUGUUUGAGAUGGAGAAUCCUAGAGGGCCUAAAGGAGAUCCAGGACCAACAGGACCCCCAGGUCCUCCAGGAUUACCUGGUCCAGCUGGGAAGAGAGGACCAAGGGGUAUUCCGGGCCCACAUGGAAAUCCAGGACUUCCAGGGUUGCCUGGUUCAAAGGGACCUAAAGGUGAUCCAGGAUUCUCUCCAGGUCAAGCAAGUCGUGGAGAAAAGGGAGACACAGGACUAAUUGGCUUACCUGGCCUUCUGGGCAUCAGAGGUGAAAAGGGUCCCAUUGGAUAUCCUGGACCACGAGGGCCACCAGGAGAGCAAGGGAUUCUCGGAAUGACUGGCAACUCUGGGGCUCCUGGUUACCCUGGCAGGCAGGGUUUAGCAGGACCAGAAGGUAACCCAGGCCCUAAAGGUGUAAGAGGUUUCAUUGGACCCCCAGGAGUGGCAGGGCUCCCUGGACUCGAGGGAGAAAGGGGUAUUCCAGGUCUAUCUGGAAAAAGAGGGCUGAAGGGGAGACAGGGUUUACAGGGUGAUUUUGGAAACAGAGGCCCACCUGGUCCUGAUGGAACUCCAGGAACUGUUGGUGGUGCUGGCCCUCCUGGAUUUCCUGGGCUUAGAGGUGUUGUGGGACCAGUAGGACCAUCUGGACCACCUGGAAUUCCUGGACCUCUGGGUCUUCCAGGGAGUAUGGGGCAACCUGGAUUGAAAGGUGAUAAGGGUGAACAAGGCGUUGCAGGAGAGCCAGGGGAGCCAGGCUACCCAGGAGACAAGGGUGCUAUUGGUUUGCCAGGACCACCAGGAGUCAGAGGAAAACCAGGUCCCCUGGGUAAAAUAGGAGAUCCAGGACCCCGGGGACCAUUGGGCCCUCCUGGACCUGAGGGGUUUCCAGGAGAUAUUGGUGUUCCUGGCCUGAAUGGCCCUGAAGGCACUAAGGGAUUUCUAGGUGAGAGGGGACCUCCAGGACCACCAGGUCCCAAAGGAGUUGAGGGAGAAGAAGGACCUGUCGGACCUAUUGGAGGAACGGGACCAAGAGGAAAACCUGGUCGGAAGGGUUAUGCUGGUGAACCAGGACCUGAAGGCCUAAAGGGAGAAAUUGGAGACCAAGGAAUUCUUGGGAAAACUGGUGAAACAGGUGCCAUUGGAUUACCUGGAGAAACUGGACCAUCUGGAGGCCCCGGUGAGAAGGGAGAAAGGGGUAGUCCUGGACCUAUGGGUCCUCCUGGAGAAAAAGGUGUUAUGGGAUAUCCAGGAUCUCCAGGUGGCCCAGGGGGUAUAGGACCUCAGGGACUGCCUGGGCCACCGGGACCGAGAGGACCUUCUGGACCACAGGGCUCUAAAGGUCAAAGAGGACCAAGAGGCCAGGAUGGUCCACCAGGAGAGCAAGGGACUCAAGGUAUUAAGGGAGAGACUGGUGACACAGGGAAAAAAGGCAUUCCUGGACUCAUUGGCAAAGCUGGUAACCCUGGAGAAAAUGGUAGUCCAGGAGCACCAGGCUUGCCUGGUCCUCCUGGAAGCACAGGAGACAGCGGUCCCAUGGGUGAACCAGGACUGAGGGGACAACAAGGUGAUGCUGGUCCUAUAGGAGAAACAGGCUUUGUGGGACCAUCCGGACCAGAGGGAGAGCCAGGACCACAAGGAGAACCAGGCACAAAGGGAGAUGCUGGACAUGUUGGCAACACUGGAGAGCCAGGAGAGCAAGGUUUAAGAGGUGUGCCAGGACCACCUGGUGAGGAUGGCAUCCAAGGGAAAGAUGGGCUAAAGGGCAGCAUAGGAGACCAAGGGCUUCCUGGAGAAGAUGGUGAAAAAGGAGAGACUGGAAUUCCAGGAAUUCCAGGCCUUCCAGGUGAACCUGGCAUAAGGGGCAUUCCAGGGCCUGAAGGAACUCCAGGAAGCCCAGGUCAAAGGGGUCGUCCAGGAAAAAAGGGGGAAAAGGGACAACAUGGCCCCCCAGGAGAAAUUGGAGUCACAGGUGAUCCUGGCCAGAGUGGAGAAAUUGGUCCAAAGGGUUCAAGAGGAACUAGGGGCUUUCUGGGACGAAUAGGAGCAAUGGGAUCUACAGGAGAACCAGGAAUUCCAGGUUAUGGGGGUCACCAAGGGCAACCAGGAGCAUCUGGUCCUCCAGGACCGAAAGGAGAGAAGGGCUAUCCUGGGGAAGACAACACAAUACUAGGACCACCAGGGCCCAUAGGUGAACCAGGGCCUAUUGGUGAACGUGGUGAGAGAGGAGAAUCUGGUGAUGCAGGAUACAAGGGUCACACAGGGCUUCCAGGACGCAUAGGUGCUAUUGGACAACAAGGGCCACCAGGUGAGCCAGGUGAAAAAGGUGAACCAGGACCAAAAGGGGAGAGAGGAUCUCAAGGUUUAAUUGGAAAAAAAGGAGUGAGUGGUCAAGCUGGGAAACCUGGACUGCCUGGUAUGCCUGGUCCUGUAGGUCUGAAAGGUGCACCUGGCUAUCCUGGACCAGAAGGUAGUCCUGGGAAUCCUGGAAAGCCUGGGUUAUCAGGACAACAGGGCCUUCCUGGUACUAGAGGAAGCCCGGGCAUAGCUGGACUGGCAGGAUAUCCUGGAACUCAGGGACCAAAGGGGUUACCAGGUAUGCUGGGAAACAUUGGACCACCAGGACUAAAGGGUGAACAAGGGCUUCGAGGCCAUCCAGGAAAGCAAGGUAAAAGAGGUCUUCCUGGGACACAAGGUGAUCAAGGCCCACCAGGAGAUCCUGGCUUGAAAGGGCAUGUGGGAGAAGUUGGAGACCAAGGUUUGAUGGGAUUUCAGGGAUUUCCAGGUCCUAAGGGUCCUGAAGGUGCCCUUGGUUUAAUUGGAAUCCUGGGACCUAAAGGCCCAGCAGGCCAAAUCGGAAACACAGGCCCUAUUGGUAAUGAAGGCAUCAUUGGCCCAGCAGGCAAACCUGGACCCAGGGGUGACAAGGGAUCCAGAGGUGAAAUUGGCCCUCAAGGACCACGAGGUCAUCCAGGUCUACCUGGUCCACCAGGGGCACCUGGUCCAAGAAGGCAAAUGGAUAUCAGUGCUGCUAUUCAAGCCUUGAUUGAAUCAAAUGCUGCAUUACAGAUGGAGAGUUACCAGAAUACAGAAGUAACAUUACUUGAUCACAGUGCUGAGAUAUUUAAAACUUUACAUUAUCUAACCAAUUUACUGCAUAGCAUCAAGAAUCCUCUGGGAACUCGAGAUAAUCCAGCUCGUAUCUGCAGAGAUUUGCUUAACUGUGAACGUAAGGUGUCUGAUGGAAAAUAUUGGAUUGAUCCAAAUAUCGGAUGUCCUUCUGAUGCCAUUGAGGUUUUCUGCAAUUUCACUGCUGGUGGUCAGACAUGUUUAUCUCCAGUAUCUGUGACAAAGUUGGAUUUUGGCAUUGGAAAAGUGCAGAUGAAUUUUCUUCAUUUGCUGAGUUCAGAAGCAACCCACACUAUCACAGUUCACUGCCUAAACAGCCCAGUGUGGGGAACCAGUGAACUACGUGCUCAGAAGCCUUCUGUCAGCUUCAAAGGAUGGAAUGGCCAAAGGUUUGAAGCAAACACACUGCUUGAACCAAAUGUGCUUCUAGAUGAAUGCAUGAUUCAAGAUGGCAGCUGGCAUAAAACCCAAUUCCUUUUCCACACUCAAGACACUAAUCAGCUUCCAAUUGUUCAGGUGAACAAAUUUCCUCAUCUCAAACAAGGACAACAGCGUUACAUUGAAAGUGGUUCAGUGUGUUUUCUCUAGGCUUCUGUAUGGAAUUGAGUUUCAUACAUUACGAUGAUAUUGCUGCAAGGAGUAAUGACAAAACUGUAGAAGAAGAAUAACGAUAUACGUUGGUGAUUUCUUAAAGAAUCUCAGGAAGAAAAAGACUUCCUCCUAAAAAGGAGAAAUGACUUUUACAAAAAGAGAGAGACCUUGACAACAUUAAUAAAGUAUUUAAUUUUUGAUUGGUGCUUUGUAUAGUAUUCCCAGGAACUCAAACUUAAGACAUAUAUGUGGAAAUUCUUCAGAGAACCCAAUGUUUUUAGUCGUCUAAACUGCACUGUCCAGGACACCUUAAGGAAGAAUGGAAGACUGCAGUACUAAGGAGCAACCUUGGCUAAUGCCCCCAAACGUGCAAUAGCUUGUAUUAUACUUGUAUGACAGUGAAUUAUGCCAUCAUAAAAUAAAUCUUUUCCUUAAACACUUAAGUUGUAUUACAGUCCGUUGUGGACAGUCCAUUGUGGACCUAGACAUCUUAACAGAUGCUACACUACCUCUUAUGUGUUUCCUGUUUGUGUUGUCUGGUGCUCUCUGUAUAACACAAAGUGUUUGUGGCCUUAGUUAAGAUUAUUUGGUUUCUUUUUUUAUUACUUUUUCAGACUGUAUGUGCUGGUUACAUCAAGAGAAUUUUCAGUGUAAUAUUGCGUCUUUUAAAAAAAAGUAUAUUUGGUCACAUACUUCAUUAUGAGUGAAAACAUUAUUUAUGUGGAAAUCUUAUUUUAAAUAUUUCUGACUUUAGACAUGGAAAAGGUACAUGAGACAUGACAUUGUAUCUGGUGCUUUUCAAAAGAACAGGAUUUUGUAGUAGUAGAAGAGCUACGUACAGUGGCCUUUAAAUGUUUUUGGCUGUGGUUAAAGAUUUUUAACUAUCCAAGGCCAUCUACAGUGAUGUAUUGUGUAAAUAUUUUGUAACUGUUGAGAAUGUUAAUACAGCAUAUAUUUAAAUGGCUGCUAUUAAAUUAUAAUACUCAAA